AUGUCCGUCGGCUUCCAGCGCGUAGCGAACCUCAUCUCCCUCUCCGUCUCUCACCUCGCUCUCAACCCCGUCAUCACAGCCUCCCUCCUGUAUAUUCUCACAAAAGGUCCCGUGAAUUUGCGCGCACGCUUGACGAACCGCAUCGCAGCUCUCCGCGAUCCCAUCCGCCAUGCGCAAAUCAUCAAGGCCUUGAAGUGGCUGCUCACCCUCGGCCUCCUCAAGAAUGUCAACAAGAUGCUGAACGACCUCGCCCUCAACAGUUAUCGCUUGAGACCCGAAUCCGCACGCUGGAAGUGGGACAAAGAGGUCGCCGUCGUAACAGGCGGCUGCAGCGGCAUCGGGUCGCUGAUAGUAAAACGGUUGAUCACCAAGGGUGUCACUGUCGCAAUCCUAGACGUCCAAUCACUUCCCCCGGCAUUGCAAGGCUAUGCGCAUAUCAAGUUCUACGCGUGCGACAUCACGGAUCCAGAUGCGGUCUUCCGUACGGCGAAGGAGAUCAGGACGACGCUCGGCAGUCCGAGUAUUCUGAUUAACAACGCUGGUAUUCUGUCUGCGCAUACGAUCCUCGCUACCUCGCACGAAUAUCUGAGGAAGAUCUUCGACGUCAAUGUGCUGAGUAAUUGGACGACUGUGCAGGCAUUCCUGCCAGAUAUGAUCAAGGAGAAUAAGGGCCAUGUUGUUACUAUAGCGAGUACGGCGAGUUAUGUUGGCGUCGCGGGAUUGGCGGACUACAAUGCGUCUAAAGCUGCGAUCCUGAGCUUCCAUGAAGCGCUCAACCAAGAACUCCGCGUCUAUUACAACGCGCCGUCCAUCCUAACCAGCUCCAUCCACCCCAACUGGGUGCGUACGCCGCUUCUCGCGCCUGUCGAAGCGGAAUUGAAGAAGCGCGGCGUGGUGGUUAUUGAGCCGGAAGAUGUUGCUGAUGCGGUCCUCAAGCAGGUGUUUAGCUGCAGAGGCGCCCAGGUCUUUGUGCCGGCUUCGGCGGGGAAGAGCAGUUUGGUCCGGGCGCUGCCGAAUUGGCUGCAGGAGAGUGUCAGGAAGGGGGUGAGUAAGACGAUUACGAAGAGUGUAGGUGUUGGGGGGAUGUAAUGACAGGAGUAUAGGAUGGGGAUGUGAGGCAAGACUGAGGUGAAGUUGGCGAGUCUUGGAAGUUCCACGUCUCUCUCUCUCUCUCUCUCUCUCUCUCUCUCUCUCUCUCUCUCUCUCU